AUGAAGGCUUUCAAGUCCUACAUCGCGCCGGAUAAGGCAGCGGCCGAAGCUUCGAUGCCCAGCACAGUCCAACCGUCGACUCCCUCGCCGAAACUACAGUCCGAGAAGCCAGGCCCCUACCGCAGCAACAGGGCGUCCGCUCGGCAGUCGACAGUGAGCUUGGCGCUCACGGCGGGAAUGAGGGAUAAGCAUGCCAGCAGCAUCAAUGAUCUCUGGGCCGACGUUACGGUACACAGCUUGUACCAGGACCAGCUCCGGAAGAUGUACGCCUCGGCCUGGAACCUCGGUGAGGGCUGUGUUCUGAAGAAGGGCCGCAACGACUAUGUCUGCGCCCCUCCUCAGCUGGCUACUAUCCCGAAUGGAUUCUUCGACAUGGUCGGCCAGCUCAACGUCAGCUGUGCCAUGACUGUAAACACACCCGUGAUCCAGUCCAUCAUCCACGGCUUCUUGAAUAGCGGAGAACAGAUGGCCUCGAUCCCUCUAUCUGGAGGCCUGCAACUGCAGGUCCUUCAGAGAAUGACAGACCUGCCCCGGUGCCAAAAGCAUCACUUCGCGGCCUACAUCCUGGACCCCCCCCUUCUGGUUGUCUGGGACGAUGACGCGAACAAACUCCACAAUCGCGCAGAGAGUCUGGAGGAGAUGAUCAUCGCUCACAUUUGGCGAAGCGAAUCCGCUGACGAGGAAGAGGCCGAUGAGAAGAAUGAGAAGCAACCCAAAGUCGGUGUUGAGGAACUCUCGCCUGCAGCGCUUGAGGAGGCUCUCAGGACCGAGGCACGGCCAACUCGGGUGGUAAGCUCUGCCCUCGUGGCGUUGGCCCUCGGCCUCAGUAUCACGUGCUUGGGUCUCGGUUGGAGAAGUCUGGCUCUGGAGGUCACAGUCGACGGCUCUUACGCCCGGCUGGGGUUAGUGGCAAUGGCACCGGUCACUUUCUUCAUGAGCUUGUUCUUCUUCAUCUCCAUUGCUGGCGUCAUCUUCCAAGUCUUUGGCCCUAUCUCCUCGAUUAACGCCAACUCCGCAAACUAUUCUGGCAAACCUCCUCGCCGACUUAACCCGUACCAACAACAGCUGCCCCAUGUCACUUUUCAGAUGCCCGUUUACAAGGAAGGUCUGAGCGCCGUCAUCAAGCCCACGGUCCUUUCACUCAAAGCGGCCAUCUCGACCUAUGAAAUGCAGGGCGGCUCUGCCACCAUCUUGGUCAACGACGACGGUAUGCAGCUCAUCGACCCCGAGGAAGCUGCCGCCCGCAAGGAGUUCUACAACGAGCACAACAUAGGUUGGAUCGCUCGUCCUGGCCAUAAUCCGAAGCCCGAGGACCCCGCCGAGACGCCCUUCAUCCGCAGAGGCAGAUUCAAGAAGGCCUCCAACAUGAACUACGCCCUGAUGACAAGUAACAAGUUGGAGGAGAGGCUCAACCAGGUCGACCGCGGCAGCAAUUGGAACCAGGAAAGCGAAGACAGGGUCUACGAACAGGCCUUGGCGCAGAUCAUUGAAGAGUCUGAGGGCCGCACCUGGGCUGGAGGAAACAUCCGCAUUGGCGACUACAUUCUUCUCAUCGACUCCGACACCCGCGUCCCUCGUGACUGUCUUUUGGACGCUGUCAGCGAAAUGGAGGCUUCUCCCGAAGUGGCCAUCCUCCAGUACACCUCUGGCGUCAUGAACGUCUCCGACUCGUUCUUCGAGCAGGCUGUCACCUGGUUCACGGAAAUGAUUUACGCCAUGAUCACCUUCAAUGUCGCCAAUGGCGACAUUUCACCCUUCGUCGGCCACAAUGCCGUGCUCCGCUGGUCCGCUAUUCAAGAUGCUGCUUCCUAUAUAGACGAAGAUGGCUACGAGAAGUUCUGGUCCGAGUCCCACGUCUCGGAGGAUUUCGACAUGGCUUUGCGGCUGCAGACAGCCGGUUACAUCAUCCGAUACGGCGCCUACACCGGUGACGGCUUCCAGGAGGGAGUGUCCCUGACGGUCUACGACGAGCUGGCCCGCUGGGAGAAGUACGCCUACGGCUGCAACGAGCUGCUCUUCCAUCCCCUCCGCUUCUGGCCCACUCGUGGCCCCUUCACACCCCUCUUCCGCAGGUUCUUGACGUCCAACAUUGCCUUCUUCAGGAAGUUGACGAUUGUGGCCUACAUCGGCACGUACUACGCUAUCGGUGCGUCGUGGAUCCUGACAUGGGCCAACUACUUCAUCACUGGGUGGUUUAAUGGCGUGUUCGAUAAGUACUAUCUUGACUCCUUCGCCAUUUACUUUGCCCUCAUCAUCGUGUUCCCGCUCUGCGGCAACGUCGCUCUGGCCGUCCUUCGGUAUAGAUUGGGCCAGCAGUCCCUCAUCGCAGCCUUAUGGAACAACUUCAAGUGGAUGCCAAUCUUCACCAUUUUCCUCGGCGGUAUCUCACUCCACGUCUCCAAGGCUCUUCUCUGCCAUUUCUUCGAGAUCAAUAUUCAGUGGGGCGCCACGUCCAAGGAGGUCGAGCGCUGCAACUUCAUGGAGGAGAUCCCCAAGAUCAUCAAGAGCUUCGCGGGCACCUUCAUCUACACCUUCGCCGGGACUGCUCUCAUCGUCUGCGGCAUCUACGUUUUCCCUCCCCUGUGGCAGAUCAACACCUUCGCUACCCUUUAUCCCGUGGGCGUCUCCGUCGUGUCGCACUUUGCGCUCCCCGUGCUCCUGAACCCGGCCUUGAUGAAGUUCACCUUCUAG